AUGCUACUGCUAAUAUUUCUACUCUUAUUCUUUUAUUUUCUUCUUCAGCAUCCUUUUCGUCUCUCGUCGUCUUCGUGUUUCCGUUUAUUCUCUUUUUCGUCUUUUUCCUCUCCUUAUUGUCUUCAAGUCCUCUUCUUUUUGUUUUCUCGUACUCAUUUAGUUAUUUUACAUGACGUCUCUCGAGCCUACGUUUACCUUUGUUUUUUUUUCUUUUUCUUCUUCUUUAACUCGUUGCCGUUGUUCCUAUCUAGCCAUUCAUUUUUCUUUAUAUUCUUUCAUUUCUUACUUUUCGCUUUUUUUCUUUAUUUUUUUUUUGUUGUAUUCGUCUACGUUUCUUUUUCUUUUUUUUCCUUGGAUUUCUUUUUUAUUCAACUUAAUUGUCUGUGGUUUAAUUUCUUUUAUUUUCACUGUGUUCUCUUCAUCCUUUCACUUCAGUUUCCUUUGUUUAUUUCUCUUUCCUUUUCUCUUUUUUCUCUUCACUCACACUUUCUUUCUAUUGUCGCUAUUUUCAACAUCUUUUUCUUCCUUGUUAUUCAUUCGUCUGUUACAUUUUCUUUAAAAGUUCUGCCAUUCUUUAUUUUAUCAUGCUUUACAUAUGAACAGAAAAGCUCAUACCACGCUAUGACGGGAAAUCCGAGAACCAUUUUUCCUUGA